AUGGAGAAGAAGACUGCCAAUUUUACUCUCAAGACUGCGGCAGAUCAUGAUGAUGAUGAUCUUGUUGAUCAUCCUAAGGUUCCUGGAUGGUUUUCUGAGCAUUGUCCCAUAUGGCCAGGGCAAGCGCACUUUUUGAAGGUAGAAAAAAUCUUAUUUCAAGGAAGGUCCGAGUACCAAAGUAUGAUGGUAUUUCAGUCAUCGGCAUAUGGCAAGGUUUUUGUUCUAGAUGGAGCACUUCAACUGACGGAGAAAGAUGAGUGUGCUUACCAAGAAAUGAUCACCCAUCUUCCUCUUUGCUCCAUUCAAAAUCCAAACAAGGUAUUACUCAUUGGGGGUGGAGAUGGCGGUAUCUUGAGGGAAAUUUCUCGACACUCUUCUGUCCAACAAAUCGAUAUUUGCGAAAUAGACACUAUGUUGAUUGAUGUCUACAAGAAAUAUUUUCCUGGUAUUGCUAUUGGAUAUGAGGACCCUCGUGUGACCCUUCACGUUAAAGACGGCAAGUUGGCUACAACUAGUCUGUGA